UUUAUGUUUUGCGACGAGUGCGAUCGAGGUUAUCACACUUUUUGUGUCGGUUUAAAACGGCUGCCUAUUGGGCGGUGGAUAUGCAACGACUGUGGGAAAUGCGCCAGUUGUGGGAGUACAACUCCAGGCGAAAGUGUGCUUCACAAUGUUCAUUGGAAACACGAAUAUUCGAAACCUAAAGAUGAGAAUACGCCUCCAAAGUUUCUUCAAACACUUUGUGUAAAGUGCUCAAGACUUUUCCGCAACGGCGAUUACUGUCCGAUAUGCUUGAAAGUUUAUAGCAAUUCCAACGACGAAGUCCCUAUGAUUUGCUGCGACGACUGUGAUCGAUGGAUACACAUCGAGUGUGACAAUAUUGAUAGAAAACAGUACGAAGAAAUGGAAAAUAAACACUACUCUUGCGGAAUUUGCAGAAAUAUUAUUCCCGAAAAAGUCAAUAAUUAAAUGCCGGUGCUGUCAAGCGAAUUGUAAGACUGAGCUGAAGACUUGACGGAACAAAACGCAAUUAGAGUUAAAGAACAAAAAUAUUAUAGGUUGGAAAGAAAUAAAAUUAGUUAAGAGUGGACAAGUUUAUUAUAAGGUUGCAGGAAGGCAAGGUCGUAAUUUGCAUAAAAAGCAGGUUUUUAAUAAUAUAAGGGAUGCCAAUUCA